AGGUAUGUAAAUAAUGUACCUAUGUACUUAUUAUUCUAAAGGACUGAUUUAAUUGUUAUAUUAAUUGAUUCCUAAUUAAACCAAAAAUAGUAAUAGCUCUUGUGCAUAACUGCAUCGGUUACGCCAGUUCCAACACCGGGACGGACACCAAAAGUAUAUAAUGCUCUCAUCACCUCUAAUCAAAAUCUAGAGCCAAGUAAAGCUUACCCAGUGUACCAACCAGUGAUACAUGAUGCAGCGUUAACCUUUCCACUACAGUCACCCUUCUUCUACGGAGGUGAAUUACCUAUAGGCAAUGGAUUCAUUCCCGCGCCAGCUUUCCUACCUAAAGUACCGCAAGCAACACCCGACCCGCCGUCUGCACCAUCAUCUGAAGCACCAGCGAUCCAAGUUGUACAAACUACAGGACAACCAGAACAAACUCCUGCACCAAGCACAGUGCAACCCCAGACUGAACGCAAAUCUCCUGAAACACCUCCCCCACCACCAAAAACAGAAUCACCUAUACCCCUGAACGAGUUUGGACUCCCACCUCAUGUAAUACCACUCACCAGUACUUACAACACCAUUCCAAACCUUGGACAUUUCACUUACGCUUACCCAACACUCAGAUUUUACGAUCCUUUUGACCCAUUCAGCUUUAAUCCUUAUGCCGGGGUGCCACCAUUGUACCAUCCUUUGACAAAUGUUUUAGGACAAUACGAAUCUCGAGUAUCUACUAAAGAGGAGGUUACCCCCGCUCCAACAGUUGUUAAUCAACCAACUUCUACACCACCCCCUGAACCUAGCGAUCUUAACGUCUUAAACUAUUCUCCCAAAGACCCUGAGAUUGCUAAUGUACCUCCACCUCCUUUGCCAAAAGGUGGACUAAAGCCUGAUAAAUCUGAAUAAACUGGAAGCGCUUGUAUUGCUAUAGUAUAAAAAUAAAGAUAAGUCAUUAAUUUUUUAACUUGGAAUUGGUCAGAAAAACAAUAAUUUUUUUUCCAAGUACGUAUUAUUUGCCUAAUUACACAACCGUCAAUUAUAUUAGCUUUUAAAAAUAUAGAAUAAAGUUCCUUGAUUUUUUUACUUUACCUGUUUUUUUAACUGUUUGCCUGUUCGACUUAUCGACGAGUAAUAUUAACAGAAAAAUAUUAGACAUCGAAACACUGAAAUAUUUUUGAAAGAAAAUAAUACGAGAAAUAAAUAUAAUAAUUUAUUGGAUUGUAGCGACAAAAAUUCCACGGACUUUUAUAUGUACAUUAUAUGUACCUCAGCAAUACCAUGCUAUACAGCGCUAUUAUUCUGUCGGCGCCGCUAAGGGUCAGCUGACACAGAGACGUGACGCGACGAGACGCGGCGCGCACUUUUUAAGAUAGUGAAACAAAAUAAAUAACUUUAUUUACUACCUUUUAUUGAGAUGGCAAGAUGACCAACCUUUUUGCCCAUACAGGCGCUACAUACAAAGCUACGGAUAGUACGAGUAUAACUCCCGCAUAGAGGCGACGUACUUCCUCCGUCAGUCCCCUCAGAUUGGGCGGCAGUCUAUACAUAACACCUGGUAUCCUUUCUAUCCGGGGGCGCUCGAAAUGUUCUUCGAAGCCCCAGCUAUGUCCAAGUAAAGGCCUAGGUACUUCAUUCUGACUCCAGACCCACCCACACGGACACACUAGUCGGGUGGUUCCCUGACCCAUAGUAAUUUAUGAAAUCAUAGGACUUCGGUCUUGUGAGGUAUUUCUAAUCCCAACUCGUGGAUUAUGGCGACGACGACUUCUGCCCCGAGUUUAGUGAGCUUUUUAACCGUCUCGAAAGUGAUCCCGCUGGCGAUCAACAAUGUGUUGUCAGCAUAGCGGACGAUAUCUAUGCCAGGGAGAAGAUCGAUUCGCAGAACCGCAUCAUAGUCGAAGUUCCACUGUAGCGGCCCCAGCACCGAGCACUGUGGCACUCCAAGUUGGUCUCCCUCAGCAAACAACAAAAGAUACACAUUUUAUUGAGAUUAUUCUAAAAUGCCCCGCGACGUCGCGCCGUCUCGACAUGCCUCGCGGCGUUGCGCGGCGCAUCACAACGCAGCGGUGCUUCGUCGGUGGGCGCAGCGUGCAAGAGCAGUGCGCUGCCAGCGACUUCAAGAUUGCGCCUCACGACGUCGCGAUGUGUCUUACGGCGGCGCGCUGCGCGGUGUGGAACCACUGGCCUCUUUAAGCAUCGUCGCGUCGCGUCUCGGUGUGAACUCACCCUAACUAGCCUACGAGCAGUCAUCAAGCAUAGUUCUAUAACAUUUUGUGUGAUUCACAUCUUAAUGUCGUGCUGUUAAUAAAAAGCAUGUUAUAG